UGGAAGGCUGAUUUUUAAGAGCCUGCCUUAGGCUCCAGAAGGCCCCCCAACAAAAUUGGGAAGCCUGGACCUGGGCUUACAUCCCAGGGUUGUGGAGUAGGAUGGGGGAUGGGCCUGUAACAGGAAGUGCCCUGGGUGUCCUCUUUCGGCCCCAUGGAGUCCUCACCCAUCCCUCAGUCAUCAGGAAACUCGUCUACUUUGGGAAGGGCCCUUCAAACCCCAGGUCCCUCUACUGCCAGCGGGGUUCCAGAGCUGGGACUACGGGACGUGGCUUCAGAAUCCGUGGCCCUCUUCUUCAUGCUCCUGUUGGACCUCACUGCUGUGGCGGGCAAUGCUGCUGUGAUGGCUGUUAUUGCCAAGACACCCGCCCUCCGAAAAUUUGUUUUUGUCUUCCAUCUCUGUCUGGUGGACCUGCUGGCUGCCCUGACCCUCAUGCCGCUGGCCAUGCUCUCCAGCUCGGCCCUCUUUGACCAUGCCCUCUUUGGGGAGGUGGCCUGCCGCCUCUACCUGUUCCUGAGCAUUUGCUUUGUCAGCCUGGCCAUCCUUUCGGUGUCUGCCAUUAAUGUGGAGCGCUACUAUUAUGUAGUCCACCCCAUGCGCUACGAGGUGCGCAUGACACUAGGGCUGGUGGCCUCCGUGCUGGUGGGCGUGUGGGUGAAGGCCCUGGCCAUGGCUUCUGUGCCGCUGUUGGGAAGGGUCUACUGGGAAGAAGGAGCUCCCAGUGUUAACCCUGGCUGUUCUCUCCAAUGGAGCCAUAGUGCCUACUGCCAGCUUUUUGUGGUGGUCUUUGCCGUUCUUUACUUCUUGCUGCCCUUGAUCCUGAUCUUUGUGGUCUACUGCAGCAUGUUUCGAGUGGCUCGCGUGGCUGCCAUGCAACACGGGCCGCUGCCCACGUGGAUGGAGACGCCCCGGCAACGGUCUGAGUCUCUCAGUAGCCGCUCUACGAUGGUUACCAGCUCCGGGGCUCACCAGACCACCCCACACCGGACGUUUGGGGGUGGGAAGGCAGCAGUGGUCCUCCUGGCUGUAGGGGGACAGUUUUUGCUUUGUUGGUUGCCCUACUUCUCUUUCCAUCUCUACGUUGCCCUGAGCGCUCAGCCCAUUUCAACAGGACAGGUGGAGAGUGUGGUGACCUGGAUUGGCUACUUUUGCUUCACUUCCAACCCUUUUUUCUACGGAUGUCUAAACCGUCAGAUCCGGGGCGAGCUUAGCAAACAGUUUGUCUGCUUCUUCAAGGCAGCUCCAGAGGAGGAGCUGAGGCUGCCUAGUCGGGAGGGCUCCAUUGAGGAGAAUUUCCUGCAGUUUCUCCAGGGGACCUCGGAGAACUGGGUUUCUCGGCCCCUACCCAGCCCUAAGCGGGAGCCACCCCCUGCUGUUGACUUUCGAAUCCCAGGCCAGAUUGCAGAGGAGACCUCAGAGUUCCUGGAGCAGCAACUCACCAGUGACAUCAUCAUGUCGGACAGCUACCUCCGUCCCGCCCCCUCACCAAGGCUGGAGUCCUGAUGGACACCAGGAGGAAAAAUAAGGCUUGGGGGCUGGUUAUGAUCUCAAGGACUGCUUGCUUUUCCAGCUGGCUGGGGUUUGGGAUAGGGUCUCUGGACUUAGCUUUUGCUUGGUGUUUCCUGGGUCAGGACCAGAGUCAACAGGAUGGACAUGUGGAAAAAAAAAAAAAAGCCUUGGACUUGGCUGUGCUCUUUGACUAUUGGGGGAGGGAAGCUGGGUGUGGUGAGACGGUGAUGAGAGAAAAGGGUGACAAAGGUGAGGGGAAGCCUUUCUACCAGUGAACUCUUCAUGCCUCAGGAGACAGGGAAACUUCCUAGGGUAGGCGUUGGAGCAGCAGGCUAGGAGCAGUUAUUCUGGGGACCGUUGAGGUUUCCUUCUUUCCAGUGUAGUAGUCCAGACUAAUACUUACACUGUGACAAGGACUGGCCUCCCCGAUCUAUCUCCUCAUGGCAGUGACCCACUUCCAGCCCCCUGGACAUUCGGGUACAAGAGACUCAGGUCGGGCAUGGGAAGGGUGGGGUUUCCAUAGUCCAUGAAAUGCCUCCCUGUUCUCAUUCAUUGCUCUCAAAAUUAGCUUCUGUGACAAAGACUUAAAUCUGUAUCCUACCUGCAGCCCUAGGUUGGGGAGAGAGCAGAGAAUUGGGCUUUGCUGUUUAUCGAUUAAGACUAUAGGAACUGUGCUGGUUAAUAUCAGCAAUGGUAUUUUCAACGGAGAGGGAUUAAUUGCAAACUGGACAGGCCUCCCCUCUGGGUCCUGUUCAUUCCAUCUCCCUCAACUGAAUAUGAAAGGGUCAAGGUAGGACCAGAGGGUGACAUGGUCUAUAUCUGAACAAAUUUCUGGCUCACUGAACAUGAAAAGGGGAAAGUGGGUUGGGGCGGAGUAGUUUCCCCUUUGAACACCAAUAAAUUUUAUGAUAAAAAGUUAUAUUAAUAUCAACACUCACUCCUUUGGUUCUAUUCAAUGCCUAAAUAGCUGAACACCAACACUCCCUGGGGCAUACAUAUAUGAUGUGUUGUCGUCUCUGCCUUCAAGGACUUCACAGUCUAACUCUACCAGAUAUUUGUAUUUUUGUAGAGUAUUUGGGUCUGAUAAAGUUAUACAGUAAGGAGAAUAUA